AACAAAAAUUUGAAAGAAAGACAAUAGGGUUUCAGUUCAACUUAUUUAUUUUCUCCCUCUUUUCUCUCCUAGUACAGGAAUCUUCGGAAGGAUCAUCGUUCGUUCAUCGUAGUAGCCUAGAAGGCAUGUUGAUUGUCCCAUAGAAGAUGGAACUCAAUGGUAGCAGUUCAAGUGCCCACCAGACAUGUUCUUCGGAGGGAUCACGAGAUGCCAGCAAAAAGUCCACUGAGAAAGAAGUAUUUGUUAACCAUGCUGAGAUAGCUUGGCAUCAAAUGAGAAAAGAAUGGGUUGGUAAUCGAUCUACAAAAUUGGAAAGACCUCCUAAAGAAUCAAUUGUGAGCUUAACAACAAGUUAUGAGGAUCUACUUUUAUCCGCAGCCCCUUUUCAACAGCCAAUAUCAUUAACUGAGAUGGUUGAUUUUUUAGUGGACUUUUGGCAUGAAGAAGGUCUCUAUGAUUAAAUUUCAUAUUAUUGUAAGCUUCAGUAAGAAUCUUGCUCUUGCACGGUUUUGUUUGUAAUUGUGCUGAUUGUUGCUGAGGCAAACAAGUUUUGGACAAGUUGGUGGAUGAUCCCUAUACCAUUGGAUUGAUUAUUAUAUGAUAGUAAAGUUUAUUCUCUUGGUAUAAAAAACUAGCUUCUUCGUAA